AUGAUCAUAACAGCGGAUGCAGUAAACAAUGGGCUUCAAACUAGAAAAGGCAUAAUAUAUGGUCGACGAACAGAACACACAAUCGAAUAUUUAGGAAUUCAAUAUGCUAAAGCAAAUCGAUGGCAACCACCAGUUGAUCUUGCAUCUAAAAGAUUCUCAAAUGGUUCAAUUCAAGCAACAUCAUUUGGUCCAUGUUGUCCACAAGUAGAAGCUAACAUAUAUAUUACUGCACAGGACGAAGAAUGUUUAUAUCUAAACAUUUUUACACCAUUGAACAGACACAAAAAUUCUUUAUUACCAGUUCUCGUUUGGAUUCAUGGAGGUGGUUUUGAAACCGGUUGUUCAUCACAAAGUAUUCCUUUGGUAUACAAUGGCACAAAUAUAAUUCGUAAUUCUCUUGAACAGCCAGUAAUUGUUAUAACAAUGAAUUAUAGAUUAGGGAUAUUUUCUGAUAUGUAUCUUGCCGAAUUAGUUGAAGAAAAUAUUGAAUGGCCGACAGCAGGAAAUUAUAAUUAUUUAGAUAUGUUAUCAGCAUUGCGUUGGAUCAAUAUGAAUAUUCGCGAUUAUGGUGGUGAUCCAAACAAUGUGCUACUUUUUGGAGAAAGUUCAGGAGGACGAGCUGUUGGUGACAUAGGUGCAUUAAAAGGCUCUUUGAAUCUCUAUCGUCAUAUAAUAUCACAAUCUGGCAGCUUUAAUUCCUUCUCUUUGUAUACAAAUAUAAGUAUGUCUCUUCAGAGAUCAAAUUCCAUUGUCAAAAAAUUAAAUUGCCAGAAUAAUAAAAACGAAACUGUUCUGGAAUGUUUACGUAAGGCUUCUGUAAAUGAUUUAAUUGUUGCUUAUGGUGAUGAUGGGUUGCGUUCAGUUAUUGAUGGUUACUUUUUCCUAUAUUAUCCUCAAUUGGCUAUUCAACAUGGAACAUAUAAUCCAAACAUAAAUAUGAUGGUGGGUUUUAAUAAACAUGAAAUGCCAAUUUGUUUAAUUUAUCCAUCUAUGAAUUCUGAAAAUGCUACAUCAAUAAUAAAUAACCUUGUAGGAUAUGGCACAACAUCUAUGGUUGUUAAUUCUAAUCGACUAAAUGAUUGUUCAUCAAGUAGUGAUGGUCCUAAUCGUUGCUGUGAUAUAGUUGGUCCCAUUCUUACUAAUUGGUUAGGUUGUGGUGUUCGUCGUCUAUAUAAUUCUAUACAUAUGAAAUAUAAUGGAAAGCAACAUAAUCUGUUUUGGUAUAAUAUGGACUGUAAUGCAGGAAUAUGUCCACAAUUAACAAAAGAGCAAGGUGGUGGUAUAUGUGCUCAUACAUUCGAAAUUCCAUUAGUAUUUGGAACUGAAAGUGACUAUAGAUCAUCAAAUCAAAUUAAUUGUACAUGGGAUAAACAAACACGAAUAUAUUCAAAUAAAAUUAUUUCCCAUUGGAUUAGCAUGGGUACGACAGGAGAACCAUUGAAGCCAUGGUUAAGAUAUGAUCCAUCAAAAUCAAAUUAUUUACAACUAACGCCAUAUCAUGAAUUUUCUAUGGAAUCAUGGAAUGAAGAUUGUUCGAUUUUUGAUCAAAGCGAACAGGAUAAUUUAUUUCAAAUGUUCGGUAGUGACGACGAGUGA